UGUCCCUUCUGCAGCGUCCCCGGCAAUGUCCUCCGGCCGAUGCCAGCAUCUGUCUUCUGGCUUCCGUUCCCUGCGACAUCAGGACGUACGGGGACGGAACGGCGGGAAAUUUAAAAAUGUGAAAAAUAAAACAUUCCUGUAUCAAACCAUUUCACAUACAUUUUGUCUCUAGUGCUUUGUCCUGUGCCCUGCCUGCAUUUUUACCGUUCUUUCUGCCUGGAAACUGAGAAAUGUCCAUGGCGUACAAAAAGCGUCCCUUUAGGUCAAAAUCGGUUUUAGACCGGCUAGAGAACAGCGAUAGUAAAUUAGAAUCACUUGCAGAAUUGA